AUGCUAUGUAGUAUCCGGGGAACAGGGUACACUAUACGGGGUAAUUCAUCUUUACAAGGCCCCCGCACUGUCGUGGUCUCUCAUUUUCUUUUUCUUUUCUUGUCUGUAACCCUGGCCUCAAGCCCAUCGAUCAUCAUGGGCUAUAAGAUUACCAACAUCUAUGUCAUCACCACGGUGGCCGUCAUCGGCGGCGCACUGUUUGGUUUUGACAUCGCGUCCAUGUCUGCCAUCCUUGGUACCCAACAAUACAAGUGCUUCUUCAACCAAACCGGAAUCAACGAAAAAGGAGAAUGUGGUGGCCCUACCUCUGCCAACCAAGGUGGUAUCUCGGCAGCCAUGCCCGGUGGCUCCUGGGUUGGGGCCCUGUUGUCAGGAUUUGUGACUGACUGGAUGGGCCGACGUGGCGCCAUCCAAUCCGGGUCCGUCAUUUGGUGUAUCGGCAGUGCGAUCGUUUGUUCCUCCUUCGGUAUUGCCCAGCUCGUCGUUGGCCGGUUCAUCAACGGCGUCUCGGUCGGAAUUCUCAGUGCCCAGGUCCCCGUAUACGUCGCCGAGCUGGCUCAGCCCAGUAAGCGUGGCCAGGUGGUUGGAGCCCAGCAGUGGGCGAUCACUUGGGGUAUCUUGAUCAUGUUCUACGUGUCAUACGGCUGCAGCUUCAUGGAAGGUGUCAAGGCCUGGCGUACCCCAUGGGGCUUGCAGAUGGUCCCCGCCGGUCUGCUCUUUGCCUUGACUUUCCUUCUACCGGAGAGCCCGCGUUGGUUAGCCAAGAAAGAUCGCUGGGAGGAGGCACACGAUGUUCUAGCCUCCGUCCACGCCAAGGGUGAUCACAACGCACCGUUUGUGCAGACUGAGCUGCAGGAGAUCCGCGAAAUGGUGGAGUUCGAGCGCCAGAAUAAGGACGCCUCAUACCUGGACUUAUUCAAGGGCCCCAUGCUCUAUCGCACCCAUCUGGGAAUGUUCACCCAGAUCUGGUCACAGCUCACAGGCAUGAACGUAAUGAUGCUCUACAUCACCUACGUCUUUGGUAUGGCAGGCUUGAGUGGAAAUGCCAACCUCGUCGCCUCGUCAAUUCAGUACGUGAUCAACGUCGUGAUGACGAUUCUAGCCCUGCUAUUCAUCGAUCGCUGGGGCCGCCGCACUCCCCUUCUAGUUGGAUCCACCCUCAUGAUGAUCUUCAUGUUCGCCAAUGGUGGCAUCAUGGCAACCCACGGCAAACCUGCUCCACCCGGCGGCCUCAACAACACCCCCGAACAAUCGUGGGAUCUUUCCGAAGCCCCAAUGGCAGCUAAGGGUGUCAUCGCCUGCACAUACCUCUUCGUCGCCAGUUACGCACCGACCUGGGGGCCCGUCAGCUGGAUCUACCCUCCCGAGCUAUACCCCCUCCGCCUGCGCGGUAAGGCUGUUGCUCUUUCGACCUCCUCCAACUGGAUAUUCAACUUCGCUUUGUCCUACUUCGUCCCUCCGGCUUUUGAAAAUAUCCAAUGGAAGGUAUACUUAGUAUUCGGCGUUUUCUGCUUUGCAAUGACUGUGCACGUCUUCUUUGCCUUCCCCGAAACAGCCGGCAAGACCCUUGAAGACGUUGAAACUAUGUUCACUACCCCUGGCCUCAGGCCAUGGAGGACCACCGUGGAAUUCCAGCAUGUGCGCAAGCUUGAGCAGGGAGAAAUCCAGUCCGACAAACUCGGAGCUAUUCAUGCAGAGGAAGGAAACGUCGUUCCCAAGUCUGGCGAGAAGGAGGCCACUGUUUGA